GGUGUAACUGCUGGCAUUGCCUUUCCAGCUUCCAGUAUGAAGCGGCCGAGUGAGUCGGGUCAUGGGGCGGGUGUAGAGGGACUUGAUGGUCGAUGAGCCUGUGCCGCUUGAUCUGUGGAAAUAAGGCUCUAGCGGAGUUAAAGAAAUCAAGUAAACGCAUGACCUGCCAUAAGCGGUAUAAAAUCCAGAAAAAGGUACGAGAGCACCAUCGAAAAUUGAGGAAAGAGGCUAAAAAACGAGGUCGAAAGAAGCCUAGGAAAGACCCAGGAAUUCCAAAUAGUGCUCCUUUUAAGGAGGCUCUUCUUCGGGAAGCUGAGCUAAGGAAACAGCGGCUUGAAGAACUGAAACAGCAGCAGAAACUUGAGAGGCAGAAGGAACAGGACAAGAAAAGAAAACUUGAAACUAAUCCUGGUGUUGAGCUGUCUCACAAGGUUCUUGUGAAAGAGGAAUUUGGGCGAUCUAAAGCUAAGAAAGCCAAGUCAAGCAAACAGAAUCCAAAGAAGUUGUACUGUCAGGAACUUAAAAAGGUGAUCGAAGCCUCAGAUGUUGUGCUGGAGGUAUUAGACGCCAGAGAUCCUCUUGGUUGCAGGUGUCCCCAGGUGGAAGAAGCCAUUGUCAAGGGUAGACAGAAAAGGCUAGUACUUGUACUAAAUAAGUCAGAUUUGGUACCAACGGAAAAUUUGGAGAACUGGCUAAAUUAUUUGAAGAAAGAGUUGCCAACGGUUGUAUUCAAAGCCUCAACUGAUCUGAAGGACAAAGGGAAGAGAAUCAAGGUAAGGAAGAAAGCUGCUCCAUUCAAAACUGAAGUUUGUGUUGGUAAAGAAAGCCUUUGGAAGCUUCUUGGAGGUUUUCAGGAGAUUUAUGGCAAAGCCAUUUGCGUUGGGGUUAUUGGUUUCCCAAAUGUGGGGAAAAGCAGCAUCAUCAAUAGCUUAAAACAAGAAUGGAUAUGUAAUGUUGGUGUAUCCAUGGGGCUUACAAGGUGCAUGCAGGUUGUCCCCUUGGACAAACAAAUCACACUCAUAGAUAGUCCAGGUUUUAUUGCAUCUCCACUGAACUCUGCUUCUGCACUUGCUUUGAGAAGUCCAGCAAGUAUUGAAGUAAUAAAACCAGUGGAGGCUGCUAGCGCCAUCCUGUCCCAUGCUGAUGCUCGACAGGUAGUACUGAAAUUUACUGUCCCAGACUUUGAGAAUUCGCUGGAAUUUUUCACUUCUUUUGCUCAGAGAAGAGGACUGCACCAAAAAGGUGGAAGUCCAAAUGUAGAAGGUGCUGCCAAACUGCUGUGGUCUGAGUGGACAGGUGCCUCCUUAGGUUACUAUUGUCACCCCCCUACAUCCUGGACUCUUUCUUCACAUUUUAAUGAGAGCAUUGUGACAGACAUGAAACGGGGCUUUAAUCUGGAAGAAUUAGAAAAGAAUAAUGCACGCAGCAUACAAGCUAUCAAGGGUCCUCGUUUAGCCGGGAGCAUCCUUUUCCAGUCUUCAGGUUUGACAAAUGGAAUAAUAGAGGAAGGGGACAUACCUGAAGAACCCCCAAAACAGAAAGAACAGAAGCAAGAGGAGGGGGAGGACUAUGGAGAUGUUGACACCGACCAAGAAAGUGUUGACAAAGAAGGAAAAGAGCUCAGACACAUCACCUGCAGAAGAGGCCUGUGGGGCUGUGCCCAAGGGGUCUCAAGCAGGUGAGCAGUCUGCACUUUCUUUUGUCAUGGAAAAGAUGACUGAGGAAGAUGAUGCUUAUGACUUCAGUACAGAUUAUGUGUUAUAGAACCUCAUUCUUCUAUAAGGGUUUUUUUCGAUAAGGGUUUUUUGCUUGUUCUUAAUAUUGUGGACAGACUGUCAAGCUGUUCUGUAUGUUAUACCAGUAUGACAUGAACUGUGUAGAAAAUAUUUUGUGAAUAUGUGUAACAAUAAAUAGAAAUCAAGUAACUCAAAAA